UCUUGCAUCGUGAAGAUAGAAAACAAAAUAACACAAUAUAUUGGUGUUGCGUAGAAAGUUCAUAUAAAGGUAAAAUAAUUACGAUUAACGGAAAAAUUAAAAGUCAACCUAAGGAAAACUCUCAUAAUCAUGUUCCCGAUCCGUGUAAAAUUCAAUGCAAAAUGGCUAUGAAUAAGAUUAAAGAAGCGGUUGUUCACACACAAAUUACUCCACAUGAUAUAAUCAGUGCUGUACAAAUAGUACCUAGAGUAGCCGGUGCAAUUCCUUCAGUUCAUCAUUUGAAACACACUAUACGUAUCGUUCGAAUACGUAAUCAAUGUGCACCGCCUAUUCCGAAAACAGUCAGUGACUUAAAAAAUUUCUGAUGAGUAUACUAAAACGAUAAAAGGAGAACAAUUUUUAAUAUUUGACAGUGGAGCAUCACAGGAUCGAAUUUUAUUAUUUUUGACCGAAAAUAAUUUAAAAUUGAUGGAUCGAUCAACUAAUUGGUUGGUAAACGGAACUUUUAAAACGGUACCUUCACUUUUUUAUCAGUUAUUCACUAUUCAUGUACUUAUUCAACAGGGUGACCAAACAGUUAGUCCUACCAUUUAUGCAUUAUUAACCGAUAAAUCUUAAUUAAUAUAUACACGUUUUCUUAAAUAUUUAUUAGAAAUAAAACCAUCUUUAAAUCCUACAUCGGUAAUAAUACGAGAUCGUAGAUUUUGAACAUGCCUCAAUAAAUGCAUUCAAAACCGUUUUUCCACAUGCUGAACAACAAGGUUGUUUUUUUUCAUUUUUCUAAAUGUAUGUGGCGACUAAUUCAAAAUGUUGGUCUAGUCGAAAAUUAUGUUAAUAAUCCUAACUUUGGUCUUCAUAUUCGUAUGCUAGCUGCUUUAGCCUAUGUUCCUGAUAACGUUACUAACAUUUAUGAAGAAAUUUUAGAAACACAAUUUUAUGUUGACAAUGAAGACCUGUUAAUUCCAUUCUUGGAUUAUUUUGAGGAAAACUGGGUAGGAAAAAUAAUAGAAAGACGAAAAAUUCGACGCCAACCAAGAUAUCAAAUUGAUAUUUGGAAUUGUCACUAUUCUGUCAAAAAUGGUCUUCCAACAACAAACAAUGCUGUAGAAGGAUGGCACAGGGGAUUUGCAUCUAUUAUUGGUUCAUAUUAUUUUAUUAAUAAUUAUUAUCUUUAA